AUGGAUCCGGUUGUGGUUCUGGUGCUCUGUCUCUCCUGUUUGCUUCUGCUUUCACUCUGGAGACAGAGCUCUGGGAGAAGGAAGCUCCCACCUGGCCCUACUCCUCUCCCAAUUAUUGGAAAUAUCCUGCAGUUAGGUGUUAAGAACAUCAAAAAAUGCUUCAGGAAUGUAAGUACACUUUAUGAUUCUGCAGUGUCUUGCCAAGGAAAAACCAACGCUUCACCGUGUGAUCCUACUUUUAUCCUGGGCUGUGCUCCCUGCAAUGUGAUCUGCUCCAUUAUUUUCCAGAAUCGUUUUGAUUAUAAAGACCAGAAUUUUCUUAACUUGAUGGAAAAAUUCAAUGAGAACUUCAGGAUUCAAGGCUCCCUAUGGAUCCUGAUCUGCAAUACUUUUCCAUCUAUCCUUGAUUAUUUCCCAGGAAUUCAUAACAAAUUAUUUAAAAAUAUUGCUAGUUUAAGAAGUUAUAUUACGGAGAAAAUAAAAGAACACCAAGAAUCUUUGGACAUUAACAAUCCUCGAGACUUUAUUGAUUGUUUCCUCAUCAAAAUGGAGCAGGAAAAGCACAUUCAGCAGUCUGAGUUUACUAUUGAAAACUUGAUAAGCACUGUAAGUGAUUUAUUUAUUGCUGGCACAGAGACCACAAGCACCACUCUGAGAUAUGGACUCCUACUCCUCCUGAAGCACCCAGAGGUCAGAGCUAAAGUCCAAGAAGAGAUUGACCGUGUGGUUGGCAGACACCGGAGCCCCUGCAUGCAGGACAGAAGCUUCAUGCCCUACACAGAUGCUGUGGUGCAUGAGGUCCAGAGAUACAUUGACCUCGUCCCCAACAGUGCACCACAUGCCGUGACCCGUGACAUUAAAUUCAGAAACUACCUCAUCCCUAAGGGCACAACCAUAUUUCCAUCACUGACCUCGGUGCUACAUGAUGACAAAGAAUUCCCCAACCCAGAGAUGUUUGACCCUGGACACUUUCUGGAUGAGAGUGGCAAUUUUAAGAAAAGUGACUACUUCAUGCCUUUCUCCACAGGCAAACGAAUUUGUGUGGGAGAGGGUCUGGCCCGAAUGGAGCUGUUUUUAUUCCUGAUCACCAUUUUACAGAACUUUAACCUGAAAUCUUUGGUUGAUCCAAAGGACCUCGAUACCACCCCACCUAACAGUAGAUCACUUUCUUUGCCACCCUCGUACCGGAUCUGCUUCAUUCCUGUGUGAAGAAGGGCAGACUGUCUGCUGUUGCUGUGCUGUUCUCUGCAGCU